AUGGCGCAAUCACCCCUCAUCGUCAUCCUUGCGGGUGCUGCCGUUUCCUACUUUCUGUAUACUCGCAUCGCACUCUACCUCGCACGCCGCCGCUUCAAGAAGGAGCACAACUGCCAGCCAUGCAAAGCCCAGUUUCACAAAGACCCCAUUCUGGGACUGGAUGUCAUGAAGGCCAUGGCCAAAUAUAGCAAAGAACACAUCACCCUGCAAGAAACCAAGAAGCGCUACGAGAGGCUCGGCAACACUUACCACAACCGAAUCGUCAACCAGCCUUAUAUCAUGACCUGCGAGCCCGAAAACAUCAAAGCCGUCUUGAGUUUGAGGUUCAAGGACUACAGCUUUGCCCACCGACAGCCUGCUUUUGGUCCUCUUUUGGGUCAUGGUAUCUUCAACGCAGAUGGCGACCGCUGGGCUAACAGCCGUCAUCUCCUACGCCCCAACUUUGCACGCGAUCAGGUUGCCGAUAUUGAUGCUUUCGAACGCCACUUCAACCUUAUGCUCAAGCACAUUCCCAAGGAUGGCUCGACAGUUGACUUGCAAGAUCUCUUCUUCCACCUGACGCUUGACACCGCAACCGAAUUCUUGUUCAACCACUCGACCGAUUCACUUCGCAUGCUUGGUCAGGAAGACGCUGAGAAUGAAGACACUAUCUUCGGCAAGGCGUUCAACUUUGCACAAGAAGAUGUUACCGUCCGCGCUCGCUAUGGCCCCCUUGAUCGCUUCAGGAGAAACGUUGAAGGCAAGAGGGCCAUCGAAAUCUGCCACACAUACAUUGAGAAAUUUGUCGACGAUGCUCUGCAGUUCCGACAGAACUUGGAUGCUGAAAAGGCUGCUGGUGGUGACAAGUAUUACUUCAUCCAGGAGGUGGCAAAGCAGACAACGGACAAGAAGAGGAUACGCGAGGAGCUCAUCAACAUCCUGCUUGCUGGCCGAGACACGACUGCGAGUUUGCUGAGCAACAUGUUCUUCGCUAUUUCCAAGAACCCGGAAAUCUAUGCAAAGCUUAGGGAGGAGGUCGCCACACUUGAAGGACGCACACCGACAUACUCAGAACUGAAGAACCUCAAAUACGUCAAGUGGUGUCUGAACGAAUCACUUCGCAUCCACCCCGUUGUACCUGGAAACUCACGCUACGCCACCCGCGACACUGUACUGCCCCUAGGUGGUGGUCCCGACGGCCGAUCGCCACUCUUUGUUCUCAAGGGCACAACAGUUGGCUACUCACCAUACACAAUGCACCGCCGUCAGGACAUCUAUGGACCGGACGCUGACGAGUUCAAGCCGGAGCGCUGGGAGACACUGCGUCCUGGGUGGGAGUACCUCCCGUUCAACGGUGGCCCACGUAUCUGUCUCGGCCAGCAGUAUGCGCUUAUUGAAGCUAGCUACGUCACCGUCCGCCUUGUACAAGAAUUCAAAGCCAUUGAGAGCAGAGACCCUGGGCCAUGGCAAGAAGGUCUAACACUGACCCUUUGCUCGCUGAAUGGCGUCAAGGUUGGUCUCACACCAGCAUAG